CCCGCUCCGUUAAAGGAAUAAUAGCUUGGGGGAGAAGCUAGCUGUAGACGAGGAGGUAGCCCGGAAUCGAUCAGAAUGGACGGCCGAUCGGCGGCGACCAGAGUCGACGGCGACGACGACGAACUGCUCCCACUCCGCCGCCUCGAGAUAUCGGACCACGCCAAGGGUUUCGUGGAUCUCCUCUCCCAGCUCAGCCCAUCCUCCACUCCUCUCUCCGACGCAGAUUUCCGUGCCCGCUUCGCCGAUCUAGCCGCCCUCGGUGACGACCAUCUCAUCGUUGUCUGCGAGGACCGUGUCUCCGGACGUAUCGUCGCCACGGGAUGCGUCUUCGUGGAGCGCAAGUUCCUCCGCGGCGCCGGGAAGGUAGGCCAUAUCGAAGACGUCGUCGUCGACGCCUCCGCCCGCGGCCGCCACCUUGGCCAGCGGGUGGUCCGCUACCUCACAGACUAUGCGAAGGCGGCUGGGUGCUACAAGGUCAUCCUCGACUGCUCGAUUGAACUGAGAUCGUUCUACGAGAAGUGUGGGUUCAAGGAGAAGGAUAUCCAGAUGGCUCUCUACUUCUGAUUGGAUAGAGAGGCCUUCCAUCUGCAUCAUUUUUUCGGUAAUGGGAGAAAUUUUCUUCUCUGUUUUAUGCUUUCCCUAAAAAUUUUAUCUAGGAUUCCUUGGAAAUCUUUUCUCCACCCAAAAAUGUAGUCAACUAGAAUGCCUAAUUGCUAGAACGGGGUCCAUUGUAAGAUGCGAUUAGGUUAACAUUGAUGCAAACCUUGCUUUUGCUUCCCUGAAUUGGUAGCUGAAAAUCCAAAAUUUUGAGGGUCUCACUUUA